AUGAAGAAUAAUGGAAGAGUGCAAGUGUACGAGAAAUUAUGUUAAUGCCUCACAACUCUCGAGCUGAGGAGAUACAACCAUAAUGCAAGAACUCCCGAAAAGGACAUCACUUUGAUUAAGGAGCAAAUCAAUCAGGUAUUAUAGAAUGAUAAAUCUUAACACAAGUAUCUUAAACAGCAUUUCAAGACACUUUGUUACUCGACAGAAUUGCGAAAGACUCUCAAGAAGAUAAUCCUAUAGGGUGAAUUGCAUGAAAUGAACUACAAUUGGGUAUUAUUGGAGUUGUCUGGGGCAAGAACAAAGAGAGUUUAAAAUCCUGAUGUGUAUGAUUAAGUCAUCAAACUGAGAAAUGACUAUCCACAGUCUUAUUUUCAAACUAUCUAACUGGAUGUUGUAAGAACUGUGUCCCCCUCUUUGAGAAUUCAGAAUAACGAGAGAGUUUAUGAGAGGAAUCAUGAAUACGAAGCCAAAAUAGAAAGGAUUUUAGUCGCAUAUUCUAUUAGAAAUCCAUUUGUCUCCUAUUGUCAAGGUUUAAAUUUCAUUACGCACUUUUUGGUAAAUAAAUUGAAAUUUUCAGAGGAGGACACCUUUUGGGCAUUGAGUUCAUUGAUCGAGGAGAUAAUGCCAUUGGAUUAUUAUACAAACAUGAUAAGUGUCAUGGUAGACACCAAAAUCCUGGAGUAUUUCAGCAAGAUCUACGUGCCUGAAUUACUCCAGCAUUUCAAAGAGAUCUACUUGGAAGCUAACUUUUAUGCCAUACAAUGGUUUGUCUGUUUGUUUACUCCAAAUCUGCAUUUUGACAUAGUUAAAGAAAUCUGGUUGAGAGUGAUGGUGCAAGGAAAUAGAGCAUUGAUAGCAUCAGGAAUUGCAAUCUUGUUUAUUUUUGAGAAAGAAUUGAUGAAGUUUUCAGAUUUCGGAGAUCUAUUGGAGUUCUUUAAGAAGAAUCUCAAAGAAUACAACAACAUUCAGGAAUUCAGAUUUAUAGUGAAUCAAAUCUAAAUAAAGAAAAAGCCUCUGUUUGAAGCCAGAGACAUGUUUAGAAAGAUUCUGGAGAAAGAACAUGAGUAGAGUCUUGGAAAUGAGUCACCUAGUUUGGGAAGAGUGACAUGCAAUCCCCAGUGGACUGUUUGUAAUCAAGUUAUGCAUUUGAAUAAAACUCUCAAAAGGUCAUUCUCCUUCUUUGUUUAUUCCUAGAAGGAACCUUGCAGAGUGAUCAAUGACUAUUGGGAUAGAUAUGAUGAUUCCAGUAGUGUGUGUAGCAGUACAGCAUCUAGUCCCAAGAAGAGGAAAUAGAAAGAGUAGGGACCUUAAGUACUCCUUGGAAGGCAGUUCCAUAUUUGUUAGAACAACGACUUAGAUGAGAAUGAUAAAUAUUUAUAUCGGUCUACUUUGUUGGUGCAUCAAGACUUAAACUCAGAAAUAUAAAGUAAUGAGGAUGAAGAAGAGGAGGAGGAGGAGUUUAUAGAGAACACGAUUGAGUAAGACAAUGGUCGAGGAAGAUCUGUGACAAUGAAUAGAUACAUGCCUCGUUUGAGUGAACAAGGCUAUGAUGGAUUCUAUAAAUAGGCUGUUUAUAUGAUGAAGUAAUAACAGCCUGCAGAGCCUAGGAAGAUUAGUGGGGAAUUAAAUUUAUUUCCUGAAACUAAGAAUGAAUAGGUUUAACAAAAAUUUAGAGUGGCUAGAUAAAGUAUUAGUAGCAUUGCUUUUGCUACUUAAUUUGUUCAAAAGUGA